AUGGAUAUCCUUUUUAUUGAUAACGGGAGGCAAGAUGAGAUCGAAACUUUUUAUGAAGCUUGCCAGCGUCAUAGGGAUUACUACAAAGGCUAUGCUAACUCCCGCCAUCCCCUCAGUUACUUCUACGAACCGGUUUACAUGUGGCAGUGCCCUCCAGAAAUGACACCCACUUACCUGGGAUUCCCGUCAAGGCACGUAAAGUAUAAACAGCCAGCGGUGUUGCCCAGCGAGAGAGGCCGAACAAGCGGCUUCCCAGCGUUACCUAAUCGAACUCUUGCUGGUCGCCACAACAAAGCCGCUUGCAAAGCAUUCGUCAGA